AUGUUUUCACUUAAAGACACCAAGUCUCGCAAUAUUAACGUUAUUUUUACAUUGUUGCAGAGCGAAUCGAGCUACACCUCUUUAGAGGAGGGCUGCUUUAGCGGCGAACGCCACGCCGUACUCAGCUACGAGCAGGUGAGGAGGCUCAACGAUGUCAUGGACGAGGUGGUGCCAAUCCACGGCCGCGGCAACUUCCCCACGCUGCACGUGCGUCUGCGCGAACUUGUGGCUGGAGUCCGCGCCCGCCUCGAAGCCUCGCAAACUGAAGGUGGCGCCGGAGUUGCAGUGAGAGACGUCCGCCUCAACGGUGGAGCUGCGAGCCACGUCCUCACAGACCAGUCUCAGCCCUACUCGGAUAUCGACCUCAUCUUCACCGCGGAGCUUCCCACGGCCCGCCACUGUGAUCGAGUCAAGGCGGCCGUCUUGGGACAUCUGGCCACGCUUAUGCCUGCCGCCACUCCCCGCCGUCGGGCUUCUCCAGCCGGUCUGAAGGAAGCCUAUGUUUCCAAAAUGGUGCGAGUAAACUCCGAUGGUGACCGCUGGUCUUUGAUAUCCUUGGGAAUUUCCCGAGGUCACAAAUCCGUGGAACUGAAGUUUGUAGACACGAUGCGACGUCAGUUCGAGUUCUCUGUGGACUCCUUCCAAAUAGCGUUAGACUCCUUACUUGCCUUCCACGAGUGCGCUCAGCUGCCUAUCGGGGAGAACUUCUAUCCUACUGUCGUGGGAGAAUCGGUAUAUGGAGACUUCCACGAAGCCCUUUUGCAUCUGACGGAGAAAUUGAUCGCAACCCGACAGCCCGAAGAGAUCCGCGGAGGGGGACUGCUGAAAUACUGCGCUCUACUGGCAAAGGCUUACCGACCGGCGCGACCUGACAAGAUAAAGAUCCUCGAACGCUACAUGUGCUCAAGAUUCUUUAUAGACUUCCCUGAGUUGGGACAACAACGAGCCAAGCUCGAGGCAUAUCUCCGGAACCACUUCGUUGGCCUGGAAGAAGAGGCGCUAAAGCACAGGUACCUGACGCUGCUGCACGGCGUCGUACGCGAGUCGACGGUGUGCCUGAUGGGUCACGAGCGGCGGCAGACGCUGGCACUGAUCGAAGCACUGGCAUGUCGUGAGCUGUGUGCACGUGCCGUACUCAUGCCGCAAAUGGUAGUUCCGCAGUACUACGUGUGCGUGUGUGCGUGUGCAGCGUGUGCAGCCAGCGCGGCUUACGCGCCGUGCUGCGAAUGCUGCCGCCCGCAGUUGUGCCCCGCGUGA